AGCACAGCUUUCCCAGUAGGGGGUGCCGUAUAGCAUAUUGGAAAGUGUAGUCUUCCGGAGGGCGAGGAGCGGACUCUCCCGACCUCCUUGUCCCGGCGACAGCAUUGCGCAUGCGUAGCGGCGGUAGCAGCAGCGGACCCGGCUGGCAGUUUCUUCCUCCGGAGAAGAGACCCUCUCUGCCAUGGAGUCCUACGAUAUUAUCGCCAACCAGCCUGUUGUGAUCGACAAUGGCUCUGGUGUGAUUAAAGCUGGUUUUGCAGGAGAUCAAAUUCCCAAGUACUGUUUUCCAAACUACGUAGGCAGACCCAAACAUGUCCGUGUCAUGGCUGGAGCCCUGGAAGGAGACAUUUUCAUUGGCCCCAAAGCAGAGGAGCAUCGUGGACUGCUCUCUAUCCGCUACCCCAUGGAACAUGGCAUUGUGAAGGACUGGAAUGACAUGGAGCGCAUCUGGCAGUAUGUCUAUUCCAAAGACCAGCUUCAGACUUUCUCAGAAGAGCAUCCUGUGCUCCUGACUGAGGCUCCCUUGAACCCACGAAAAAACCGGGAACGUGCUGCUGAAGUUUUUUUUGAGACAUUCAAUGUGCCAGCCCUCUUCAUCUCCAUGCAAGCCGUGCUUAGCCUAUAUGCAACAGGAAGAACCACAGGAGUGGUGCUGGACUCUGGAGAUGGUGUCACCCACGCAGUACCCAUCUAUGAGGGCUUUGCUAUGCCCCACUCCAUCAUGCGCAUUGACAUUGCUGGCCGAGAUGUCUCCCGUUUCCUCCGUCUCUACUUGCGCAAGGAGGGCUAUGAUUUUCACUCCUCAUCUGAGUUUGAAAUUGUUAAGACCAUCAAAGAGAGAGCCUGCUAUCUGUCCAUAAAUCCACAGAAAGAUGAAACUUUGGAGACAGAGAAGGCUCAGUACUAUCUGCCUGAUGGGAGCACCAUUGAGAUUGGCCCCUCUCGAUUCCGUGCCCCUGAGCUUCUAUUCAGGCCAGACCUGAUUGGCGAGGAGAGUGAGGGCAUCCACGAAGUGCUGGUGUUUGCCAUCCAAAAGUCAGACAUGGACUUGAGGCGCACGCUUUUCUCCAACAUCGUGCUUUCAGGAGGUUCCACCCUAUUCAAAGGUUUUGGUGACAGACUACUGAGUGAAGUGAAGAAACUGGCUCCAAAAGACGUGAAAAUCAGGAUAUCUGCUCCUCAGGAGAGAUUAUAUUCAACAUGGAUCGGGGGUUCCAUUCUGGCCUCUCUGGACACCUUUAAGAAGAUGUGGGUAUCUAAAAAGGAAUAUGAAGAAGACGGUGCCCGUUCCAUCCACAGGAAAACCUUUUAGUGUUUGGACGUCUCUUUCACCUCUCUCCGAAGUUAACUCCACUUUAAAACUCGCUUUCUUGAGUUGGAGUGUGUGAGGAGCUGCCUGUAUGUGGGUAUGUGUGGAUGUGGGUGUGGGUAUGUAUGCGUGUGGAUGUGCGUGUGCCAGUGUGGGCCGGGGAGCCCGGUGCCCAACAAAGAUGGUGACUUCCCCCACAAUGGAGCUUAGGACCCAGGGGUUGACCACUAACUUGCUCCUGAGAGGGGAGAACACCUGGCUGGAGUGCCCCAUUUCUUUGUCUAUUGGUCCUUUUUCUUUCUUUUUGGGACUAUGUUUACUGCUGUAGGGAGAGGAGAGGGCAAACUAAAUCACCUAAAAGAAAGGCCCUGCUACCAUCUCCCUGACCACCUCCCAGGUGGCUGGAGCUCAGGCCUACCACCUUCCCUUUGCUCUUCAUGGUUACUUGCUGGCCACUUGAUCAUAGGGACCUGUGCAGGAACUGUUUGGUUUUCUUGCUGUUUUUGUUUGUGGAAUAAGGAGAAGCACACUCGGGGCUGUUACAGAAAUCCCUGGGUUAGGGGAACAGGUGAGAGGACAGGAAUCUUUGGGUUUACCUAAGGGUCAGGACCACAGGAAGGAACUGGUGGAGUGUAGGGGUCACUGGCUGGAGGAAGGUGCUGAGGCGCAGGCCAAUUAAGCACAUCCCUCACAAUGUCCUUGCUGCUGUUCUUCCUCUGCUCUGUAAAACCUUGGAGAAAACAGAGGGGAGAGUUUUAAGGAGCCUAGGUGGGGCUAACCUGCCUUUUGGAUCAAGUUGCACUCUUGGCAGGUAGGAUAGAUGAGGGGGAAGCUGCAGCUUCAGGCACAUUUUAUGUGCCUCCUCCAUCUUUGCUUCAAUGCAGUUUAAGUAAAAUCCUAUUUGCCAUAUGAUUUUAUUUAUUAUUAAAGUGUUUGAUAAACCUCCUAGUCAUUAAGAGGACUGAGGAGGAGGCAAGGGGAGAUUCCGAGUUGCUUACUAUCUGCCCUUUGCUAGUCUCCCUCCAGACACUAAUGUUUACAGCACCUAAGCUUAGCGUAGUAGCCCAGCCCCUGGAGAGAUAGGGGACCCACCGGGUCUCACUAAGUACUCUUAACAGUAUCCCAUUGAGAUAGCAGACAUGGGCACUGGGACCAGUUGGAACUGAAGGUUUUGAGCAAAGGCAUUCCUGCCAACACUAAUCCUUUCCUCCUGUAAAGCUUAUAGCUCUGUCACCAGGCAGACUUCCAAGUGGGCUUUUCUGGUGCAUUGAGUGCCAGUGCCUUCACUGGGGUUUUGUAGUUUUGUCGAAAAGUAAGCUAGGGAAGGAAGUGAAGGUGCCUUAUCCCUGAAACCCCUCUGGGGGUGGUUCUUAGGCAGAGGUGCAAAGGAGUCUGGUCUCUGGCUUUCUUGGUGGCAGUGUAGACUGGCUGGCAGACCACCCUUGGGAAUCCAAUGGCCUGGCCAGCCUUAAGUUUUGCAUCGUGUCCUUAGCUUCAUCAUGGGCCCCAGGCCUAACAGAGAAAGAAGGAAAGCCAGAGCUGGAAGUUGGAGUGGAGGGAGUCUGACAGAGGGCCCCUAACCUGCUGCUGACUACCUAGGCGAACUGGAAGAAAUCACUGGAAGAGGGAUCUAAUUCUUAGGGUUGACACUGCUGAACUCAGCCUAGGCCUUCAAGCAAGGGCUCCGGGCGCUGAGGAAGGAAAGGCAGUGCCCCACUCCUUGUCCAAUGAGAUGGUUUUACAUCCUGCUCUGGGUCAAUUUCUGUUGAAGCAUCUGGCUUGAGCCAUUCCUCCCUAAACAGUGGCCUGUAAUCUAGGAGCCCCUGGGUGCCUAUUUGCCUUCAUUGAUACUUAGGGCAUUGUGAAUAAUCAUGUGGCCCUCCCCUGAUGUGUAGCAGGCUCCUGCCUAUCCCAUUUCGAAAUUCCAAAGAUGCCAGUGUCCUCCCCACCCCCACUCCACCGUGACCAAAGGCCCCAGCCAGAGUGGGGGGCCAGGUGUGUGUGAAAGCAAUGUGGCAACCAAACUGCAGUGUGCUUCCUUCCACCUUCCUUCUCAGCCCCAGCCUUUGCCCUGCACAGCCUGUCUCCAAACCACGUUGCCUGGUGGUGCCCAGUGUACUUAAAUAAAGUUGUUCCAUAGAUA